AUGCGGACUCCUUAUUAUUCACGUGAACGGCGACCACGAUUCUUCCGUGUAGAUGUCUAUUUUGGCAAAGAAGGCACGGGAGGAUAUGAGUACUCAUGGUCAGCACGGUGGUGGACAUUCACAGCAAUUAGCUACGGUUCUUUCGUGGAGAGGUGCAAUCUUUCCUUGAUGGAGAAUCACCCAAAUACAGUUUUGAGAGAUUUUAGGUUGAUUCUCAAUGUGAUGUCGGAAACGUACGAUAAAAUCACUCCAACCAACAUUCAGGCAGUCAUGAGAGAACUUCAAUCUACUCGGGGAAGACGCAUUGUAUUUCCAAUUUACAUCAAGCGACAGCCUUCAGUGACCCGUGUCCCAGAUUGA